UGAUUCUUCACCUCGAAGCUCGAAGCAACGGUUUCAGUCCCUUCCAGUGCAACUCGUGUGACAGAUGUGCUAUAUCUAGACAUCGUCCUUUCUCUGGCCAAUAUGUGAAUGCCUGUGGUUGGAAACUCAGGGCCAGGUGUGCAUUCGCCGAAGAUUGCGGCUUGUGAACGAAUUGACGUGGUGAAUUGCCCGUUGGAAUCAAGAUGUUGAUGUCCAAGAGACAAGCCCGCCGGGGGAGCGGCAAGGCCUCAGACCCCCAUAACGGCAUGCGGAAUGGACGUGGACGGCCGAUGAAACGACUUGAUCAGCUCAAGCCUCCGCGCAGAGUUCGAACCCUGCAAGCCAGCCUCAUCCACAAACAGCUGACGGCGGAGGUCGAACCCGCACGGAUCAUAUCAGCUCUAGAGGCACUGCCAGUCGAAAUCAUUGAGCAGAUCUUCUUCCACUGCUUGGAGCUGAACCUCCCUCGAGCGUCGGUCCACCUGGCCAGGGCUCUGUCCAGACCCUCGGUCUACUCUGCGCUCGUUCUGUUCGCCUAUUUUGAAGCGGAUUCGUCUGCUCGCGUCGAGACUCGCCAUUUCCUGCCCGCCACAUACCGGCCGAUCGGGUUCGACGACCAGCUGCGUCUCCAGAGAGACAUCCUGAGGUCUAGGUGGUGCACGUGGGAGUUUCUUCACUCCUGCAUGCCUGCUCUGGCCCGGUUGGCCAUGGUCAGACACUGGCACCGUGAACGAGAGCAACUAACCGCGGCAAGAUCUGCGGGAGCUCGACAGAAGCACCUUGAUGCAUACGUCGAGCUACCCGAUCCCGAUGUUCUUCUGCCGGCAAUCGACGAUAUCUCCGGCAUGGAAAGGCAUUUCAGGCUCAGGUCAGCCAUGCUGCCUGAUAAGCCACACGAUGAAGCAGCAGCAGCCGACCCUCCAAGUACACAUCCCCCCUUGAUUAUCGAGACCACGCAUCUCUCAAAUAUUGCAGGCCAAACUCCGGGGCAGCCCAACGAGGUCUCACUCUCUCACGUAGAGCAGAGUGUACUCGCGGCGCACAUCAUUCCGGACAACCUUGUCCUCCGCAAGCCAUGGACGGACACGAGCAUCAAGCUGCUCCAGCUGCUACGCCAAGCCGUGCGAUUUGGAGCUUGCGCCGCGGUUCCCUCGCCGCAGGCAAUGUUCGAGGGCAUGGCGAGUGCUGUCCAAGAGGGCAACGACAAGGCCCUGCUCGUCCUGCUCGAGCUCUACGACACGGUGGUGCAACAGCGCCACCCGGACCAACCCCUGCCCUUACACCUGUUGCACGUGGCGUGUAAGGCGUCCACAUUACCCGCCGGCCGGCAGAGCAGGAUGAUGUCGCUACUGCUGCGCGGCGCCGUCGAGAAUGUCCCCGCGGACGACGACAUACUGACACGUUGGGCCAUCCAUACUGCGAAUUCAACGCGGGCGGAGCAUGAUCUGUUGGUCGCGCGGCGGGUGCUCAAACACAUGGAGAACCAAGGCGGGCCGAAUGACCCCUCAGGUCGUGCCUCUGGGGCCCAAGGAGACGAACAUUGGUCCCCAGCUUCGUUCACAGAGGAGAUUGGGUACCUCGAACGCACGAGCGCCGAAGUGUGAAACUUCGCACGGCUGACAAAUCAUCGCGAAAUCCCAUCACGCGGCCGUCCCUGGUUGCUGUGGUUUCUGCCAGCAUUAAGGGAAUGGUUCCGGCGACCUGGAUGUCUAUGUUUUGCACGACGGUUCCUGACAAUGAGCCCAAGUCUCCCGUUACCGCUGGAGAUAUGCAGGCUAGAACACACGAUAAGAAUCUUCGACGGUCGUUAGUCGCUACACAGACGGAUGUUGAAUGCAAGCCCCCAGCGUGUUUCCAUGCCGCCGUCAAAGCCUGCUACUAAAAACCCUUCACAACUUUUUUGUAUCUCCCAAACCUUUGGGCUGUUGAAGCCCAAACUCUUCUUCACAGACCGCGAAAACACGCCACUUUCGCCGACAGGUGUCAUCUCCAGGGGCCUCCAACUCCCUAGUCCAGGCAAAUUCUCCCCCAAAAGUCAAGUCGAUUUCGGCAGCCACUACGGCUCCCCGGGCCAGAUGCGAUCAGCAAUCCUCCUGACCAGCUUCAACUUCUCGACCAUGUCGGCUCUCUUGACGGCGUUGCCGCUCGAAUGGCUCGCAAACCCGCACUGCGGACUGACGCCGCACCUGUUGAGGGCCUCCUUCUCGCUCUCGCCCGUGCCCUUGGACAUCCAGCCGGCGGCCUCUUUAACGCGCUUGACCAUCUCGUCCUCGUCCUCCAUCUUGGGGAACUUGCUGGUCACCACGCCGAGGAUGACGUUCUUGUUCUUGGGCAGGUGCUGGAGCGGCUCGAAGCCGCCAGCCCGCGGGGUGUCGUAUUCCAGGUAGUAGGUGUGCAUGUUGAGCUUCUGGAAGAGCAGGGUGGCGAUGCGGUCGUAGCCGCCCUCGGAGAAGUGGCGCGAGUUGACAAAGUUGCCGCGGCAGAGGUGGACGCCGACGUGCAUGUCCGCGGGGAUUUGGGAGAUGCACGCGUUGUACAGGUCGAUGUACUUGGCGAGGAGUUCAUCCGUGGAGUAGGUGUUGAGAGGGUCCUUUUCCCAGCCCGCGAUCAUGGCCUCGGAGCAGAAGUCUGUUCACCCGGGAAGUUGUCAGUUUAGAUUCGUACGUCAUUUCACUCCCGAAAAAGGGACUUGAGGAUGGAGGCCCACUUACAGGCCAGAUUGGGAUCAUCAAACUGCACGUUCCGCAAUCCAUGGUCGUACAGAAUCUUGAGUUCCUCUUGAUACGCCUUGGCAAUGUCGGCAAAGUACUCGUCAUCGUUCUUGUACACGUCGGCGGGGUAUGCUUUGCCCUGCUUGUACCGGAGGUGGUACCAAUUGGGGGCGGCGAGGGUGAGUUUGAGGUUCUUCCACUGCGCCUGGGGCACGAGGCCCUUCAGGAAGUCGAACUGGGCGGUGUAGGUGCUGCCCUUAUGCCUGAUCUUGCCGGUGCACAGGACGGUCUCGCCGGGCUUAUAGCCCUCCUCGGUGAAGGCGGCGAUGUCCGGGAUGUACAUGCGGAAGAGGUCUGGGUCCGGGUGCUCGAUCUCGGUCAUGCCCUCGAGCCCGGGCCAAAAUGAACCCCAGAACAUAUGUCUUCGAUAUUCGCCGUCGGUGAGGGCGUGGAAGCCCAGCUCGAGCUGCAGCGCCACAAUGUCCUUGAUGUCGCCGUCCUCGACCUCUUGCAGAGCGGUCGCCGACGCCUUGCCGGCCUCCCAGGCGUGCCGCGUGUCCAGCAGCUUCUCGGUGCGCAGGAGGGAGCCGAGGUGUUCAGCGCGGAAGGGCGGAUUGCGGUGCAGCGGGAAGGACAUGGUUGUUACUGGGUGUGCGUGUCUCUCGACUUCUGUUCUAUACGGAAGAGCGUGGGAUGGGGGGGCUGCGCUUCACGAGCUGUCUGUCCUGCAAACGAUGCAACGCGGUAUAGAGAAAAUACUAUG